AUGACUGCCGCAAAUAUGUUCUGGCUUGAUAAUCUUCAUGAUUGUAAUCUGGAUCGAUCUCUACCACUACCCUUUGACCGAUUUCGUCUUUCUGAAGAACAUCGAACCGGUCGCGGAACAUCUGUCUCUUUCAAUUUGGGUGAAGAGCUUUCUCGUGCUUUUUCUACAUAUGCAUCAUCACAUGAUGUAACAAUUGAACAACUGGCACUUAUGAGCUAUUAUGCUUUCUUGUUCAAAGUGACUAAUGGAGAAAAUGAUUUAUGCAUUGGAAUGAAUACUGAUGGAAGAUAUAAAGAAGAGUUAAUGUCAGUGAUUGGCAUGUUCGUCAAUGCUAUUCCUUUGAGAUGUCAACUCGAUCCUCAUUGGUCUUUUCAUCAACUGAUUGAUCAUGUGAAAGAAGUCAUUAGAAAUAGUUUACAGUAUUCUUAUUUUCCUCUUCAACGAAUUCUUACUCAACAUCCACAAGCUACAAAACCUAUAUUUCUUGAGACAUCAUUUGAAUUUCAAUCGUAUUAUUCUAAAAGUAGUAAAACUGAGUUAAUGAUUGGUGAUGCACGACUUUUCGCUGCACCUAUCUCGCUUAAGAUUGAUAUAUGGAUCAAUUAUCAUGUACCAUCAAUGCAUCAAUCGACUUGUUCGAUAGAAUAA